AUGGACUACCUCAAGGAUAUCCUCUCGAGCGGCCAGGUCCAGCUGGUCGAGGAGGCCAUCCCCACUUUAUGCGACCGGCUCCAGCACGCCACGCUAGCCCUGGACCGGCGCCUGGCAAUCUUGGGGCUCAAGUCGUUCAGCCGCACCCACCGAGAGACAGUGGUCGAAUACGGGCUUCGGCCGCUCGUGGCAGCGUUUAAAAAAGACGCUGUCGACGACGUCAACGUCGCCAAAGCUGUGCUUGAAACAUGGCUUAUUUUAUUUAUCCGAGGAGAGCUGGACGAGGAUAUGACCCGCCAAGGGUGGAUUGCCCAUCAGCUGAGAGUACAGAACGGCAAAUACCCGCUGCCGUGGCUCAUGGAGGACCAGGUGCUGUUGGACCAACUCAGUAUGUGGAUUGCUGACGGCCUCACCGCCGAUACUUCUGUUAUUGCCGAUAUCAUCGAGAUCAUCAAUGGCAACCCCGGCUGGCACCUUACCCUCUACGCAUUGCAAUUGUUGGAAGCGCUCGUGGCUACACGACCGCAGAAGAUGAAGGAAGUGGUGCUUGAAGUGCCCACCGCCAUCCUGGUGAUUGUCAAUCUCUUAAAUCAUGACCACGACCCCGUGCGCAACGAAACCGUCCUUCUUUUGAUGGCAUUGGCUAACAACAACUAUAGCAUCCAGAAGCUUAUUGCCUUCGAAAACUGCUUUGACCAGCUAUUUGAUAUUAUCGCCGAAGAAGGCGGUAUUCGCGGUCUGAUCUUGGUCCAAGACUGCUUGACGCUCAUCACCAACUUGUUACAGUUUAAUGCGAGUAACCAGCUGCUAUUUCUCGAAACUCAAGGGGUACAACGGUUACGACAGUUGCUCAGUGAGCCGGUGGACACCAGUGAAGACCUGCCGCCGAUGGUGUGGACCGACCAGCGCCAGCAGAACAUGACGAUUGCCAUUGAGUUGUGCCGCACGUUUGUCGACGAAGACCUGGAGUUCUUGGCUCAAAAUCAGCAGAAACUCUUCGAUGCUGGGGUACUUUUUGUCAUCCUUCAACUCUUGUUUACUCCACAGACACCGCUAGCCCUCCAGCUGGUGGCAUUGAGCAACGUGGCCCACUUGAUCGCUGGUAACCCUGAAAUUCAGCUCAAAUUUAGUCAGAUCGAUGUGCCGAUGAUUGAGGACCCGCUGAUGCCGGGGCUCGAAGUCGGCCGCUUAGCGCCAGUGACCCUCGUCUUGCUCAAUUGGGCACUUAACAUCAACCUGGUGCACUGGUUCGAUAUCCGCAUGAACGCUGCCCACGUUUUGAGGGCGUUUCUCAAAGACAAUCUGGAACUGAAACAGGCAUUCUUGAGCGAUCAAAUGAAAGCAUACAAGGACCCCCACUACUGGGACCAGGGCGAAACCAAUGGCGAGACUAACGGCAGCGCUGCCUCGGCUACUCCGCCGAAAUUCCCCAACAUCUUUCUGGUGCUUAUGGACUACGAUAUGGAUAUCAAGCUUAACCCUUAUCGGGCAUGGUUUGCCGCCGUCAUUUUGAUGUACACGUUCGAAGACUACGACGAGAACCGUCAAGCUGCUCUUACGGUCACCACUGGAGCUGAAGGCGAUGCUGAAGUGAUGACGCUGGUGGAGGCGAUGCUUGAGCUUUUAGUGGCGCUGCUUGAAACUGGCUACGACGAGCGUAUUGCCAUGGCGUACUACAUGUUGUUCACUUACUGGAUGUACGAGGAUUUCACCGUGGUGAACGAGGUGUUGAAGCAUCCGCUGGCUCUUCGUCAAGUGUUGGCUUAUCUUAGUGGCCACCAUCUGGAGCUGACUGAGGUCACCGUCGCCAAGUCGAUGGCGCUGGUGUGGCUCGGCGUGUGCUACGAGUUCUCCACCUCCCAACUGCCACUUCCCAGAAAGGAUCUCCACACUCUUUUGAUCAAAAGUAUGGGUAAAGAUAACUACCUGCUACGUAUCAAGCAGCUUCGCCAAUACCAUUUGUUCCGUGACUUCGACGACCAGCUGCUUCUGAGCCUGCUGCUGGACCACGUUGGGUUACCGCAGGUUUAUUUCGACCAUCUAUAUGUGACACUUGUAAAGAGCAACUUCAGUCGUAUCAGACGAGCGCUCUUCCACGACCCAAUGACUGAUCCUCGCAAAUCCAUCACGUUUGAAGCAUUUGAAGAGCUCGAAGGCGAAUACUCUGAUGUCAAGCGGAAGCUUUUGGAACACAAAGUCGCUGCUAAAUCUGCGGAAGAGAAUCUCAAACUGCAAGUGGCUGAGCUCACGAAGAAGCUGGAGGAUAUGGCAGCGGACAUUGAGACAAAACUGACGGCAUUGACUAAGAUUGAGACUGAUUACUCCUCGACCAAGUCUACCUUGGAGAAGGUUGAAGCUUCGUUGAAGGAAACUACUCAAUUGAAGGACCAAGCGGAGAGCGAAGUGCAGAAGUUGACAGCCAAAUUGACCACGAUGGAAGCUGAGUCUCUGAAGUUGGGGUCGCUGCAGAAACAGUUGGAAGAACGGUUGAAGGAAACUGAGGCGGCUAAGGCUAAGCUUGAAGAAGGGGUCAAUAAGAUGACGCAAGACUUGUUUACGCUUCAGCGGGAGAAGAAGGAACAAGAAAAGCGGAUCAAGCUGCUUACUAAGGAACUUGAUGACCUCAAGAAGUCUCAUGCUCAGGCUCACCAACAACUUGAGAAGCAACAUGCUAAAAUCAAGCUGGAUCUCGAGGGGAAAGUGGCUAAGCUUGAAGCCGAUCUUGAACGUCUGCAACUGCUGAGUCAAACCACCGUGCGUGAUAUGCAAACGAAGCUCACUGAGGUUGAAGGACAGAAUACUCACCUUAUGGACAAAUUGCGCCUGGCGGGACUGGUGUUGGCUGAACUUAAGUCUGUCAAAGAACGUCUUGAAAAGGAAGCCCUGGAACAAACACAAACCCACAAGAGCGAGCUUGCUCUGAUACGGGCCAACUUGGAUCAAGCGACGGCCAAGUCUAGGGCUCAGGUUGAAGACUUGGAAGAGCAAUUGGAGGAUGUUAAGGACACGUUGGAAGAAGUUGAAGCGGCGCGUGAUUUAUUCCAAGCCGAAUUGGAUGUGGAGAAAGAACGAGCGGCUAAGCAAGCGGCUAAGCAUGAGGAAGUAGUGGCGUCUUUGAAGAAGGAAAUUGCCGACUUGAAGGCAGAGGUGGAGAAGUUAUCUACUGGUGCUGAUAAGCGUGUUGCCGAUCUUGAGACUCAAUUGACUGAAGCAAAACUGCUGGCAACCAAGGAGCUUGAAGCUUUCAAGGCUGAUGCCGAGACUAAGCUUACAGAAACCAUCAAAGAUGCUGAAAACAAACUUGCUGAAGCCAAGAAGGCUGCUGAAGAUGAGCUCAAACAAGCCCUGGAAGCUGCUGACGCCAAGCUCGCUGAGUCCACCAAGACUCACACCGCUGAACUUGCAAAACUUCGCCAAUCUCUUGAAGCUGAUAAGCAGGCUCACGAUGAAAAGAUAUCACUGCUUGAGGAAACUCACCAACGGGGAUUGAAGGAGGCCACUGAUGCUCACAACUCUAAGAUUGAAGCCCAUCAAGCUGAGCUCAAGGCUGCCAAAGAAGCUCAUCAAGCUGAAAUUGCCUCUGCAAAGGAAGCCCACCAAAAAGAGCUUAAGGUUGCCGAGGAAACCCACCAGAAGGAGCUCGAGAAAGCUAAGGCGGCCCAUCAAUCUGAGCUUAACACCGCCAAGGAGAGUCACGUGAACGAGCUCAAGCAGGCCAAGGAAACUCAUCAACGGGAACUUCAAUCACUCAAGGAUACCCACCAGGCUAAGCUCAAACAAAUGGUUGAUGACCACCAAAAGGCGCUGGAUAAGUUGAAGGACACUCACGCAAAGGAGUUGGAGGCUGCUAGGUCGUCGGAACAAGAUACCCAUAAUAAGUCCGUUUCGGAGCUUAAGAAGGGCCACGAGAAGGCUCUUGCCGACACUAAGCAGGCCCACGAACUGGAGCUCGCGGCUGCGGAAGCUAAGCACCAACAGGACAUCAAGGCUGCUGAAGACAAACACCAACAGGCCCUCGAAGCUGCCAGGGAUGCCCAUCUGAAGGAGCUUGAUGCUGUGGAAGCGAAACAUGCUACCGCUCUUGCUGCUACGAAAGACGCUCAUCUGAAGGAGGUGGAAGAGUUCACGUCUAAAUAUCAGCAGGAGCGCGACGAGCUCACUGCCAAAUACCAGAAACAAAUUGACGUUGCUAAAGCUGCUGCCGUCAGUCUCAAACAGCAGCUCACCGAGGCGCAACUGAUGGCUGAUAACCACAAGAAGGAGGCUUCUGAUCUUCGGCUGUCCCUUGAUACCCACAAGAGGGAGAUUUUCGAUCUUAAACUGGCGGUUGACACCCACAAGAAGCUGCUUUCUGAUGCUGAUGGCACCCAUAAACAGCUCGAGUCGACUAUCAAGAAGUACGAAGAUGAUCUUGCUGCUGCCAAAGUACAACACAAGAAGGAGCUUGAAGCUGCCGAGUCGAAGUUUGAUGCGGCUCUUAAGUCUGCUGAAGGCAAGCAUGCAGAGUUGCUUCAGGCUGCCGAGGCCAAGUUUAAGGAUGCUCAGCAAAAGCUUAAGGAGGCUCAGGAUAACCAUGCUAAUGAGCUUACCAAAGCCAAGGACAACCAUGCUGCUGAAAUCGCUAAAACUAAGGAUACUCAUGCUGCCGCGUUGAAGGCUCAAGGUGAUGCUCAUGAAAGUAAACUUAAAUCGGCUGUUGAUACUGCCAAAUCCGAGGCGGCUACCUUGAUCAAACAAGCUGAUGAGAAAGCGAGCUCUUUGAUCAAAGCUGCCGAAGCGAAAGCUGCUGAUCUUCACUCUCGCGUCGAACUGCUUCAGUUGGAGAAUGACAGCUUGACGAAGACUCACCAAAAAGCUAUUGCUGAUUUUGACACCAAGCGCAAACAGUUGGCCGAUGAACACUCUAAGACUGUUGAGCAACUUGAGGAAAAGCUGAAGGGUGAAUUGGAAAGUCUUAAGCUGGCUCACGAAGCGGCUAAAGCAGACCACGCUAAGCAACUCGCGGAAGCUGAAGCCAAACACAAGCUGGUGGUGGCAAAAUACACCGAAGCAACUAAAAAGUUGGAGGAAUUGGCGAAGGAAGCUGCCACUGCCAGAGAUGAGCGUACCCUGCAGGUCAAGGAACUUGAAAAACAACUUUCUGAUGCUAAAGCUGAGGUUGCUAAGUUGAAGAAUGAGGUGACAAAGGCUAAAGCCCAAAUUGAAGAACUCACGAAAGCUCGUGACGCGGCGAAGGCCCAAGUUGUUGAACUUACGAAGGCUCGUGAUGCCGCUCAAGCUGAAGUAAUCAAGGCUCAAGCUGAUGCCAAGACGGCCAUUGCCAAGGCUCAAGAGGAGGCGAGGUCUGCCAUUGCUAAAGCUCAGGAUGAUGCUAAGGUUGAGGUCACCAAGGCUAAGACUGAAUCCGAUAAGGCAAUUGCUCUGUCUAAAGCUCAGUCUGAUGAGCAAUUGACCAAAGCUCAAAAGGAUGCUGAAGCUGAAGUCGCUAAAGCUCGCAAAGAUGCUGAAGCUGAGGUCGCUAAAGUCCAGAAGAAGGCAGAAGAUGAUGUUGCUAAGGCACAAGCGGAAGCCACUAAUGCUGCUGAACAGGUGAAGCUGUACUCCACCAAAUUGCAAACGUCUCAAGCUGCUCUCGAAAAGACUGAAGCCAAUCUUCAAAAGGCUACCGAUAAUGCUAAGAAAUUGGCCGAUCAAGUGGCUAAGCUUCAACUGGACCACAAGGCUGAACUUGCUAAACUUGCUGAGGCUCAACUGGCUCAGGCGGAAACGCUCAAGGAGACGCAACUGAAAUUGACCAAGCUUCAACAACUGAGCCAAGCGGAAAUUGCCGAGCUUAAGUUGUCGGGGCUGGAGCAAGUCACAAAGCUCCAGGACCAGUUGAAGCAGCAGAAGGAAGCUCACGACCAAGCGUUGGCCGAUGCGAAGUCGAAGUACCUGGAAAAGAUUACCGUUCUUGAGAAACAGCUUUCUGAAGCCCAGGAUAACCGCACCAAGGCUGCUGCUGCUAAAUCCAAGGAGGUUGAUGACUUGCGUCGCCAACUCAAAGAGGCGGAAACUAAAGCUCAGAAGGAUGCUCUGGGCUUGAAGCAAGUAUUGAUGGAAACUCAGGCGACUCUCGCCGAUAAGUCUAAGCUUGUGGCUCAAUUGGAAGCCGAUGUGGAGAAGGAACGGGCGAUGGUUACCUCUACGUCUGAAGAAGUGGUGGCUGAGUGGUCAGCCAAGCUUAAAGCGGCCCGAGAAGAGCACCGCCAACUCACUCAACAACAUCGUUCGGUUGCGGAUGAAUUGGCGAGAGCGAAGGAUGACCACGAGACGGCCGCUAAAGCCGCCGCUGCUGCUUUGGCUGAAACCACUCAACAAUGGGAAAAGAAGCACAAGGAAGCAACUGAACAGUGGGAGAAGAAGCACGCAGAAGUGGUUGCUCAUCGUGAUACCCUCAACUCGAAGUUAACUGAUCACCAAACUAAGCUCAGUGAUUUAGAGAAGCUGCUUACUUCCCUAAGAGACGAGACUGCCAGUUUGAAGCUGAAAUUGGACACUGCUGAAUCCGAUGCUGCUGCUAAGACAAAGGAGAUUGAAGCCUUACAAUCUGCUCUGGCUAAGGCAGAAGAACUGUCCAAACUGACGGCUCUGGCGAAUGAAACUAUGAGCAAGCAGUUGGCUGAGCUCAAGCAAAAGUUGGCUGACGAAAUCAAGGCUAAGGAGUCAGCUGCUGCGCAGGCUUUAGCUCACUCCAAGGCGCUUGAAGACGCCAAGAAGGAAGCGGAAUUGCUCAAACAACUGGUUGCUUCGGCUGAACAGAAAUUGAAGGACCAAUUGGCGCAAGCCACGGAACUGGCGUCUCUGAUUAAAGCCAAGUUGGAGAAGGAACUUGCUGAUGCUAAGUCUCAGGCCGAAAAGAGCGUUGCUGCUGCCAAGACUAAUGCUGAAAAGACAGCGGCUGCUGCUGAAGCUGAAGCCAAGAAGACUACUGCUAGUUUGAAGGCUGAAUUGGAAAAGAAAUUGGCUGAAGCCCAGGAGACCACCGCUAGUUUGAAGGCUGAAUUGGAAAAGAAGUUGGCUGCCGCUAAGGAGGAAGGGGAGAAGUCUGUGGCUGCUGUUAAAGCUCAGGCCGAGAAGGACAUUGCUGCUGCUAAACAAGAAGCGUCUGAAUUAUCAUCAAAGGGUUUAGCCUCGGUCGAAGCCGCUAGAAAGGAAGCUGACGCUAAGGUUGCGGAGAUCACCAAGGAAGUUGCUGGUCUUAAGAAACAGUUAGAAGAUGCCAAGGCUAAGGCAGCCUCUGAAGCAGAGGCUUUAAAGAAGAAGGCAGCUGAAGAUGUUGAUGCGGUAAAGAAACAAUUGACGGAGUCUUCCAAGGCCGAAGCUACUGAGCAAAUCAGCACUAUCCGUCAACAGUUGGAAUCUAAGAUAGCUGCUGCCGAAGCCGAAGCCAAGAAAGCUAAGGAAGAUGCCGAGAAGCUCAUUACUAAACAACUUGCUGACGUGAAGGCCUCGUCUGAACGUGAAGUGCAAUUGGCUAAGGAUGCGUUGGAACAAGCGAAGAAAGACGCGACGAAGCAGGUCGAAGAAGCAAAGAAAUUGGCUCGCGCUGAAGCGGAAAAGACAACUGCAAAGCAAGUGGAAGAAGCCAAGGCCCAAGCCUAUGCUGAUGCUGAACGGGAAUUCAAGAUCAAGUCGGAACAAGCCAAGAAAUCCAACGAUGCUGCUGAAGCUGCGGCUAAGGAAUCAGCUGCUAAGCAAGUGGAAGAAGCCGUUGCCAAGGCGAAGCAAGAAGCUGCUGAACAGAUCGAACAAGCGCGUAAGGCUGCCACUGCUGAAGCCAACAAGAAGGCCGAGGAGAUGUUGGCGGCGGCGUUAGCUGAAGCCAAGAAGUCCACCGACAAGCAAAUCGAGGAGGCGAAGCGCGAAACACUUGUGGCUGCGCAAGCUAAGCACGAGAAGGAGAUGGAUGAAGCCAAGGCGAAGACGAUCGAUGACGCUAAACAAGCCCACCAGAAGGAGAUCGACCUGCUCAAGCAAGUUCAUGAAACGCAAUUGAAUCAAUCUGCUGAUAAACAAAUUGCCGAUAUCAAGGCUGUUGCUGAGAAACAGGUGGCUGAAGCCAAACAAGCGGCUGAGAAACAAGUGGCUGAAGCCAAACAGGCCGCUGCUACUGAGGCUAGACUAGCAGCUGAAAAGCAAAUUGCUGAAAUUAAGGCCGCUUCCGAAAAGCAAGUCGCUGAGGCUAAGGCGACUAGUGAUGCUGAAGCCAAGAAGCAAACCGACAAGCAGAUUGCUGACGCCAAGGCCGCCGCUGACAAGCAAGUAGCGGAAGCGAAGGCAGCGGCGGAGAAGCAGGCUGCUGAAGCUAAGGCGACAGCGGAAGCUGACGCUAAGAAGCUUAUCGAUAAGCAAGUUGCCGAGGCUAAGGCUGCUGCUGAAACCGAAGCUAAGCAACAAGCUGAAAAGCAAAUCGCCGAAGCUAAGGCUGCUGCUGACAAACGUAUCGCUGAAAUGGAGCAACAACUUGAAGCGGCGAAGAAGGCUACCACUGCUGCCACCGCCGACUCCUCUCAACUUGAACAAUUACAAAGUGAGCUCAAGGACGUUAAGGAUAAACUCAAGCUGAUGGUGCCACGUUCGGAGUUGGACGAUAUGAUGCUUUUGAUGAGUGAGCUUGACGACUCUAAAUCUAAGUAUAAGGAUCAAUUACGGGCCCUAGGUGGAGACGUUAGUGACGAUGACGACGAUAGCGACGACGAUAGCGACGAAGAAUGA